AUGGAUGUGCAAAAUGAUUUAUGCAUUCCAGAUCUUAAGGAUAAAUCCGAACAGGAAUACGGGGUGUCAGUAGAGGAAGAAUUUGAUUACUCAAAAAGGGGACAGUGGCUGUGUGCAGUUAAACAAGAUGUUAGAGCCAUGGUUCCUACAGGCUUUGCUGGCUUAGUUGCUGGUGUAUGCAGUAUGACAAUUGGUGAGUUUGUUUCAGUCUACUCCCAAAGAUACAUAGAGGUGGCUCAGGUGAAAAGAGAGACCGCAAUUGUGGAAAACGAGAAAAGUAUCCAUCUGUAUAGAUCGAGUUAUUACAUGUUCUACUUGCUUUAG